AUGUUUCUGAAGACGGGCUCCUUGUUUCUUGUGGCUGUGUUUUGGCCCCUGGUGAGCUGUGGGCCCCAGACUCAGCUCCAUGAGAAUAUCACAGACCAGGAGCUGUUCUGGGGGGCUGACCAGUAUGACUUCUCUAUUGUCCUCCCCGCAGCAGGGCUUGAGUGCGUCUGGCAUUUUGCUCACGUGGGUGAAAUCUUCUACCUCAACUUCAUGGUGCAGUGGGUAACAGGGGUGGGCCAUGACAGGCACCUGUCUGUCACAGUAAACGCCCCUGGAGGUCUGCUGCUUGACACUGUGGAUGAUGCUACAGGACAGAUCCGCUUUGAGGCCAAGGAGACUGGUUUCUACCAGAUGUGCUUCAGUAACUUCCACAACCAUUUCGGGAUGAUGCAAGUCUUCUUGAGUUUCGGAGUGCACUACGACGGGUAUGAGGACGCCACCCAAAAGAAGGAAGAGGAGAAGAAAAAGAAAGAGGAACUUAGCAAGGAUCUCAACAACACUCUCAGUGUCAUUGGGGAGGCCACACACAAAGUGGAGACUUAUGUUUUCCACAUGUUUCGCUACUACACGUUAAGUCGCAUGAAGAAGAGUGCAGACUACUACCUGCUGCUGUCUAACUCACAGUAUGUGUCCUGGAUGUCCCUGGCCCUCAGCCUCCUCAUCCUCACCUCAGGUUACCUGCAGCUGCUCUUCCUCAAACGCCUCUUCAUCACCAAGGAAACACAGCCAGAGGAGAAGCCACGCUGCUGAGAAAUACUAGACUUGUACAUGAUUUUAAUAUAUAAUUGUAUGUUGUGCUAUUCCCUGUUCUCAAAUAAUGAUAUAAAUCAAAAACAGUGAUUUGAAAGUUGAAAAAGUUGAAGAAACAGUGGUCAUCUGGACACUGUUUUGAGUCUGCCCUUGAUAAACAAGCUGUGAUUUUUAACUUUCUACUGGUUAAAAUUUACAAAAAUAAAUUGUAUGAAUUGUACAAGAUCAACAACAAACUCAAGCAUUUUAGUGGAAAAAAAUAACACAUAUAUAUUCUUUAUAAAUUGUACUUGUACAAUUUCUACAUAAUAAUAAUAAUAAUAAUAAUAAUAAUAAUGAUAAUAAUAAUAAUAAUGUUGGUGGUGUUAAGUUAUGAAAUGGUUUAUAGACAGACAUAAAAGCCUAUUGUGAAGCAUCUGAGAAUUAGAAGAACUGAGGAAUAAUCAUGAGAAUAUUAUCUGUAUCUUUUUGCAUUUAAGGAAUUUCAUGUGUUAGGGGUAAUUAUUUUUGGCUGAUUAAUGGCUCUUUGUUACUACAGUGUGAUGGCUGACCAUCUGUAUGAUUGCCCAUAAUAAUAGCCCUGUUUUUCAUGCCCC